AUGCUCUAUCGACGUCGCAAUGCGCGAAAACAACGAACGAAACUUAAAGGCACAGAGGAAUGGUACCUGCAGCCACUCCGUCGAGCGCUCGUGAGCUUGACCUUAGUUGCUUUUGGAGUUAGCUUCGCCCUUCUUCUAGUCAAGUUUGAAUAUGAGCCUCAAAUGGAUUCGCUAACCGACACGGUGCUCCGCGACUUCGUCGACAACUUUAAUGUCAGCAACGAAAGCGCGAUAGCAACAAAUUCCUGUCAUGUCCGAUUCCAUAAUCCUCAGAUGUAUCUCUGCCAUAUCAUUCCAUGGGGAGCGAAUUUCGGCGACGAACUCGGACCAGCUGUAACCAAAGAGGUGCUACGUAAAAAAUACCCAAACUGCGGUGGUGUGGAUGACCUUCCCGUUUUGGACCUUAGCAAGCGAGAGAAAUACAACCAUUUUUUACCCGAGAUUUGUCUCUUCACCGUGGGGAGCGUCUUCUUUUUGGUACGUGAUAAUGACCACUUGUGGGGUACAGGAUCAAUUGAUGGGCAACGUCAAAUUUGUCAGAAUGAGGCCAAGAAUUUGACCGUCUACAGUGUCCGAGGGCCCAAGACAGCAAAUUUAGUAAAGCGCUGGUGUCGCGACAAGCUACAUACUCCCUUCAGAGGUAUUUCAGGCAUCUCACAGGAACUUGGUUUUGGCACAACGGGUGAUCCUGGGUUUUUGGUUGCGCAUUUGUUCGAAAAUGAGUUCAAAUAUGAUUCGGCUGCGGCUCCAUUAGACUACUGCGUGAUUCCACACUACUUCAAUCGUAAGAUUAACGACCUGAAAAGUGUUCCCAAAGAACAGAUACUCAGUGUCCAACAAAGCUGGCAAAGUAUGAUCAAAAAAAUGCUUCGUUGUAAAUUCAUCAUCUCAUCAUCGUUGCACGGGGUUAUACUGUCGGAAUCCUUCGGAAUUCCGGUUCGUUGGCUUUCGAGAAACAACCGUGUGGCUCCUUUCAAAUUUCACGACUACUUCGAAAGCUUUGGAUAUCGCAAUGCAACUGAAAUUGGAUCAGUGAGCACCGUUGAAGAAGGUGUUGCUAUGGGACCGCCAGCAGUUCUUACAGAAGCAGUCCGUCAGGAGCAGGUCUCUAGAAUCCUACAAACCUUUCCGUAUGCCCUGUUUACAGUAGCCGGCUCGGAUGCUACAAGCUGA